AUGUCGUCCAAGUCGACAGCCAAGAAGAAGAGCAGCCAGGCUCCGACGCCAGACGCUGGCAGUGCGCCUGCUGGGUCUUCCAAGAAAGUCAAGAUCCCCAAAUCGUUUAUUGUGCGCCCACACAACCUUCACCCCACUUGCAAAACGGCAGCGAAUGUAUACUUGCAACCACAGAUUCUUGAAGCUUUGGAGUUCAAACCGGGGCAAUUUGUAUACGUUGGUCCUUUGUUGGGGCAACCUGGAAUCAUAGCCGCCGUGUAUCCAAGCGACAACGUUGCUGCUGAGAAUGUGAUUUGCGUAUCGGAAAGUUUCCGCAAGCUUGCUGGUUUGCUUCUAGGGGACCGCGUUGAAGUUGCCAGGACGGAGACUCAGCCCACAUACGCUACAGAUGUCGAAGUUUACGGUGGUGGUGACGGUGAUCUUGCCCCGAAGGCCAUUCUUGAGCAGGUUGGACUCGUAUACCCAGGAUUGUCCCUCGAGAACGACACUCUUGUUGUUGUCGAUGUCAACACCUCGAUCGAAGGUCUGAUGCAGGGACUCGACUUGACGUUGAGAGACGGGGAUAAAAUCACAGUGUCGCCUCCAUAUUUAUUUACACCUCAAACAACGAUUCGAGCGAGUGAAACGCCAAGCCCGUCUCGUUCCAAGUACCCCAAUCUCCCCGACCCGCUCACUUAUUCGCAAAUUGGCGGUCUCAACAAGCAAAUUGAAUCGCUAAAAUCGACUAUAGAAUUGCCGUUGCUCAACCCAACGCUCUUUUCAGAUUUUGGCAUCUCACCACCGCGAGGGAUCUUGCUCCAUGGCCCGCCAGGCACGGGUAAAAGCAUGCUUCUACGCUGCGUGGCCAGCUCCGUCUUGAAUGCCCACAUCUUGUCGGUCAACGGCCCCUCGAUUGUGUCCAAAUACUUGGGCGAGACCGAGAAUGCCUUGCGCGGCAUUUUCGAAGAAGCAGCCAAGUUCCAACCGCUGAUCAUCUUCAUGGACGAAGUAGACUCGCUAGCUCCCUCGCGUAGCUCAGACGACACGGGAGAAAGCGAAGGACGCGUAGUGUCGACUUUGCUAACAUUGAUGGACGGAAUGAGCCAGCUGGGCAAGGUUGUGGUUGUUGGAGCCACCAAUCGCCCCAACGCAAUAGACAUCGCAUUGCGAAGGCCCGGCAGAUUUGAUCAAGAGAUUGAACUUGGUAUACCAGAUGUCGAAGCGCGGCAAGAAAUCUUGCAAAAGCAAUUUGAGAGAAUGAACCCCGACAAGUUUGAGCUCGAUGACGCCGAUAUCGCGGUGAUUGCAUCGAAAACCCAUGGAUACGUUGGUGCUGACUUGACGGCCUUGUGCCGCGAAGCGGUGAUGAAGGCCAUAAACCGCGGUCUUGCCGCGCGCUUGCCGCAAUCGCAAAUGAAAAUCACCAUGCUGGAUAUCGUGGAGGCCAUGGCUGAGAUCCGGCCGCUGGCGAUGCGAGAGGUUUUCUUGGAGAUGCCCAAAGUUUACUGGUCGGAUAUUGGAGGCCAACAAGACCUCAAGCGGAAGUUGAUCGAGGUGGUGCAGUUGCCGUUGGAAGCGGCACCGUCGUUUGCGGCAUUGGGGAUCACUGCACCCAAGGGGGUGCUCUUGUAUGGCCCACCAGGGUGCUCCAAGACGCUAGCGGCUAAAGCACUAGCUACGGAGUCGGGGUUAAACUUCUUGGCCAUCAAGGGCCCCGAGAUUUUGAACAAGUAUGUGGGUGAGAGUGAGCGCACCAUUAGAGAGAUUUUCCGAAAAGCUCGAGCGGCGGCGCCUUCCAUCAUCUUUUUGGACGAAAUUGAUGCCAUUGCUGCCGAUAGAGAUGGAGACGGUGGCGGUGGCGAAACAUCGGCUUCGAGAAACGUGCUUACUUCGCUUUUGAAUGAAAUUGAUGGUGUUGAAGAAUUGAAAGGCGUGGUGAUUAUCGGUGCUACGAACAAGCCCACUGAGAUUGACUCCGCAUUGUUGAGGCCUGGCAGAUUAGAUCGCCAUAUAUACGUGACGCCGCCCGAUUAUCACGCCCGAUUGCAGAUACUUGAAAACUGUUGUCGCAAAUUCAACUUGGUCAAUAUUGACCUUGGGGAAAUCGCCAGCAAAACUGACGGAUGCUCCGGUGCCGAAGUUGUUCUUUUAUGUCAAGAGGCUGGUCUCAAUGCGAUAAUGGAGAAUCGAGAUGCCAAACGUGUCGAACGCAGGCACUUUGUCACGGCAUUACUGGGGAUAGCAAGAAACAUCACUCCCGAAAUGUUGCAAUAUUACAAAGACUUUUCCGAUAAAUCAGGAAUAUCCAUGUGA